AUGGAAAUAUUUGUUUUUCCUGUAGAAGUGCAAUUGCCAGUUGGAAUUGUAGACAAACGCUAUCACUGUUGCCGCACACGCAACACCCUGAUCGGCAGCUCACCCGAUUAUACGUCAACGUGCCGUGUCCAAUCGCCUCCCCGAAAGGAAUCACCCGCAGGAAAAAAAAGAUUUGGUGAUAGUGAUGAUGAAUCUUCAGGUUUUGGAGGACGCAAAAAAAAAGGUAAGAAAUAUAAGCAAAAUUAUACGGAGCUUGUUUCCUUUGUAGCUGGUAGUAUUCAACAAUCUGGUAAAGAUAAAAAAGAAAGAGAAAAAGAAGAAACUAGGGAUGAUGAAACAGAAAAUGUGGGAAAUAAUAUAUCUUCAAAGUUUGAAUCACCACCAACAUUUAGUUAUGUUAUUGAUCGAAAAUUGACAGUCAUAGGAAUGAAAACGGUCUUCAAGGAACGGUCUCGAGUAAAUCCUAGAAUUAUGAACAAAGAAUUAGAAGAAUGGGAAAAACAUACUAAAGGAAUCGGUGCAAAACUUUUGCUCAAAAUGGGUUAUCAACCUGGACAUGGAUUAGGAAAAAAACUUCAAGGUAUUACAGCUCCAAUUGAAAUUAAUUUGAGAAAAGGAAGAGGAGCAUUAGAUAGUCCCAGUAAAGGCUAUAUGAAAACUUUUCUAAUUAAAAAUAUUGUUCCUAAAUUAAAAAUUACUUUACAAUCUUUUGUAAUUAAUCCACAUGACCAACAAUUAGACGAUUGGAAUUGGGUGAGUGUUUGGCCAGUAACCAUAGUAGUAGAUUUGCCUGACCAAUAUUUCUUCCCAAAAUGGCUUAAAACAUUUACCAUGUGGAUGAAUAUGAACCCAAAUCAAGAACAAAUAAGUAACUGGUAUACAGGAUGGAAGUCUUUAUUGCCUGCUAUUAUUGUGGAACAUCCAACAAUUAAAGGACAAUUUCAUUUGGCUUUGUAUAUUAUGAGCCAAGCAGUCGGAAGACUUUCUAUGCCAUUACCACCACCGCCGUCUUCAAUUCAAGGUGGUUUAGCUGAAGCUGUGUAUACUGCAUCACAGAUGCCUCAUGGUUUCAAAGAGUUAGUGCAAAAGCACUGUGAAGAACGAGGUAUUUUAUGGAUACCAAUUGCCAGUCGUUUUAGAGAAACUAAACAAGUCUACAAAUGUGGAGCAAAGCUUCAAGUAAAUAUUGAUUGUGGAGUUUUAUUUGUCAGUCAAGAUGGUAGAACUUUUACUCCUAUGUCUGUUCAGUCUAUGUUAGAACUGUGUGAAUAAAACUGUUUGAGUAUUUA